GUGUAACAUCGAUUAACGCGACAUUAUGGAGACAUCGUCAGCAGAUCAGUACCCUGAUGAACGUGGAGAACAGGAAACCGAUCCAUUUGGGGUAUACGAAGGCGAAAGAAAUGAGAACGGCGAGAGGCACGGCAGCGGAAAGGCUUUGUUGCCCAACGGUGACAUGUAUGUCGGCGAAUAUCGUAACGGGCUCAGAGACGGAAAAGGUACCUACAUGUUCAGAAACGGCGCCCGAUAUGACGGCGACUGGAGGCGCGGGCACAAAUACGGCCAAGGAACCUUUUGGUAUCCCGACGGAACGCGAUACGAAGGAGAGUGGGAGGAUGACGCAAAACACGGCUUCGGCGUUUAUUACUACGUGAAUAAUGAUAUCUAUGAGGGUUCGUGGAAGAGAAAUCUACGUCACGGUAUGGGAACGUACUUGUACGCUGAUACGGGAGCGAAAUUUAUGGGUACGUGGAUGGAAGAUCGCAUGCAAGGACCCGGACAACUCGUUCACGCACACCAUCGUUUCCACGGUUUUUGGAAACGGAAUUUGCCGUAUGGACGUGGUUGCUUCAUUUUCGAAAACGACUGCAUGCAGCAUGGAUAUUACAUACACGCGAAAUAUUCCGCACGCGGUGACUUGACUUGGACUCACGCGGAUAAAGUCGCGGAGGAAGACGAAAACGAUGAGAAGUCAGAAAUGACGGAAGAGUCGAAGGCGGAUAUUCUACCACUGUGGCGUGCGCGUUGUAUCACACCUUACAAUCCGGAAUUAUUGCCGCCAGAAGCAGUGCCUUUGCGAGAAGAAUAUGUAUCGCCGGAAUCUUGGAUUGAGAGAAGCGAGGAUGACAUCUGGCCAAAGAUUGAGCGAUACGCCGAUUAUGAAGAAGGGGACUAUCAUGAAGAAUAUUUGAAAUACUAUCAGGGAGAAGCACGGUCUCGAAUCGACAGUCCUUAAUUAUAGUUGGAUGCGUGUAGAGUUGCCAUCGCUACGCAAUUAAUUAAUUUACAAGUGCAUUAUUGUUAUAUACUUUUCAUAUUUUUAGACACAUGUGC